AUGGCCAACGCUUGCGCCCACCAGUUCCGAAUGAUCAAGUCGGACAACACUCUUGUCCAGUGGAUCUGCCAGCACUUCUGCUUAACGGCUUGUGUGUACAUGCGCAAGUCACUUAAUGCCGAGACAGUCUUUGGCAGCCACAUGCGAAAAUGGGUGUGCAGCUGCUUUGUUGCACUUUCACUUUUUGCUUCUGCUUCUGCUUCUGCAACCUCGCUCGGCACCCACUGA